AUGACGACGACGACGACGACGACGACGACGGGCGCGGCGCUCGCGGCGUCGGUGCGCGCGCGGGUACGUCGUCGACACGCGUCGUCGAAGGUGUCGUCGUCGACGCGUCGCGCGGAUGGGCGACGGGGGACGACGCGCGCGGUUUCGGGCGAGGACGACGCGCGCGGACGAGGCGCGGCGCUCGCGCUGGCGCCUCGAGAGGUCAUGGACUCGAUCGAGGUCCCGGCGGAGCUCGUGCAAGUGCGAGCGUACGUGCGAUGGGAAGAGGCGGGAAUGCCGGAGGAUACCACGGAGGAGUGGCGGCAGAGCGAGUACGACGAGGCGCUGUUGGAUUUGAAGAUUGAGCUCUUGAGAGGGACGACGAUGAACGAGCUGCGGGCGAGGUAUAAGAUGGAGCCGGUGGAGGGCGGUGACGUACGAAUGUUCACCGAGGACGCGGAUCUUGCUCGAAGGGUAAAAGCGGCAGAGACGCUUUCGAUGAAAUCGAGCGCGGACGAGGUGAUCACGACGCGGGACGAGCUGGCGUCGAUGGAGUUCAUCGACAGCGUCGUCGGCGACGCGGAGGACGUAGCGCGCUCGAUUGAGGUCGCCAUCGAUGAGUUCGUCGACAGUGUAAUCGAUGGUGACGAAGUCGCCAACGACGAUGUCUUCGCCUCGAUGACGCCGGAAGAACUCACGGACAUGGAAACGGCUCUGAACGACUCAAAGAAUUGGUCAACGCGCGCGCAACUUGUCGCCGCCAUCAUGGGCCCGAACGAGAAUAUGUCCGAUGAGCAAGACGCUGGUGCGGCGGAAAGACUCGCGACUCUACUUGAAGAGUUGGAAGAGACCAAAGAGAUGUUGACGGUCAAGGAAGAAGCUCUAAACAAUAUGAAAACAGAGCUCGAAAAUAUGGAAGAAGAAAUCGUCGUCUCGCAAGCGACGACGGACAAGGCGUUGGCUGAGAUCAAGGAGAGCUGGGCCGCCGAAGUGAGCCAACUCAAGGCUGAGCUUAAGAUGACGCAAAGUCGUGUCGAGGGUGGCGAUGAGGCACUCGCGCAGCGAAUUGAGGCCUUGCUCAAGGAAGCAGGCGAAGCGCGACAAGCAAAACAGAAACUUGAGACGGAGCUUGAGGAAGCGAUGAGGCGUGUUGAAGACGCCAAGGUGAGUCAGAUCAAGGCUGAAGCGGUGCGUGAUGCAAACGCGGAGGUCAUUCUGAUGCUCAAGAAGGACUUGGAGACGACAAAGGAAGAACUACACAAGCUGAAAUCAAAUUCCAGGGCGGAGACAGAGUUUCAGAAGCUUCAAGCCGAGCUCGAUCGCGCAUGGGAGGCAGCCUCUGAGAUCCAGACGAGGUGGGAUAACGACCGCAAGGUUAUUGACUUUCUCACCAAGUCCAUCGAUGACGAAAAGGCCAAGAGGGAGGCCCGCGAGGCGCAGUCCAUCCCCGCCGCCGCCAUGGGUAUUUUGUCUUGGGCGCGAGGCUCCAUCGAGAAGCGCGCAGCCGCUGUCUCCUCUGUGUCUCAGCAAACGCUCGAAAACGUCGCUCAAGCCUACCAAGAUCUCGAAGCAUCGACCGGUGCGUUCAGUGAUGAUGUUCUUGCGGACGAUUCCGAGUCGGACUUCUUGCGAGACAUGUAA